UAACAAACAACCUUAUUUAACAUUAAUCGCACAACCUUCUCUCAACCAUCCAUUGCAAUGGCAGCUACUUCAGUACUCUUCAUGGCAACCCCCGUCACCACCACCCCUUCAUCUAGAAGAACCCUCAACUUUGCUGUCGUCAGAUGCAUGUCACAAUCUUCAACCGACGCUUCCAAAACUCCAGCAGCACCAACUCCGCCACCACCGGCGCCGAAGGUCAGCACCAAGUUUUCCGACGUGUUGGCGUUUGGUGGGCCUGCACCGGAGAGGAUAAACGGAAGGUUAGCGAUGAUAGGGUUUGUGUCAGCGAUGGCGGUCGAGUUGAGCAAUGGUCAAGAUGUGUUGGCUCAGAUCUCUCACGGUGGUGUACCGGCGUUUGUAGCGACGAGUUUGGUGCUGUCGGUGGCGUCGUUGGUGCCGUUGUUUAAAGGGGUGAGAGCGGAGUCGAAGUCGAGUGGGUUGAUGACGUCGGAUGCAGAGCUGUGGAACGGUCGGGCUGCGAUGUUGGGUUUGGUUGCUUUGGCUUUCACCGAGUAUGUUACCGGCAGUCCACUUGUGUGAUAAAAUUUUAUAAAGAUACAAAAAAAAAAAAAAAAAAAAAAAAACAAACAAACAAAGAGUGGUGUUACAAGAAACUGUUUUAAAUUGUGAUUUUAGAGACCAUGAAAGCUUGAAUAUACGGUAAGAAACUGAUUAGAAUUGGAACGUUAAUAGACAUGUACUUUAAAAGCUUGUAAAGUAUAUGUGUAAAUGAUGAAAUUCCUUAAUUUAUGAUU